AUGAAUUCUGACUUAAACCUAUCAUAGUAAUCUUAAGGUAAUAACAAUUCUAAAUAUUCUAGAAAUGUUAGUAGAGAAGUAAUAAUCAAUUUCUGAGAUAUUAAUCAAAGCAUUUGCAGAAAAAUCAAAUUUGUAAAAAGCAUAAUUAUAGUUCAAAGGGAACAAAAUUAUUUCUAAUUGGUGGAAGUGGGGCAAUAAAGAGAAGAAUUUGGAAUAGAAUUGGAUGAUGAUGAUCUUACUUUAAUUUCAGAAAACAUUUUCAAACAUUCUAUUAGACGAUGUUGCAAUACUGAUGAGUUAUUUAUUAUCUUGUUUCUCAAAGGAUAAAUUGCAUAUAUUUUCAAUGAAGUUAUUUAGAGAAUGUAAAUGAUUUAUCCAAAUUAAUAAGUGAUAAAUUAAUAGAUUAUCCUAAAGGAUAGCAGAUUUUAAGAAAUAUAUAACAAAUAUAAUAUUUAAAAUGGGAAUAAACAGUUGGAAGUGACAAUAAUUUUUAUUGGAAUGUCUUUUGGAAAGGAGAAAAAGUAGGAGGAGGCAUCUAAGAUUAGAAUGGCUAAAAAUAGGGCAAAUGGAUAGAAUUAUACGAAAAUUAUAAUGAGUAAUUUGAUAUUAUAAGUAAGUCUUGCUCGUGUUUACUUUAUUGGAGAGUAUGUGGAUGGAAAGAGAAUAGGAAAUUGGUUAACUUUAUUUGAUGGCAAAAUUCUGUAAUUAAAUUUAAUCUAAUUUAGUUGCAAUGGGUUGUUUGAUGAGAAUGGACUUAAGACAGGAAAUUGGGUUGAGUUGCUUUCAAAUUUUUCAAUGUUUCAUAUUUUGUAAUAUUAAUUCAAUUAGUUAUAACUAAAUUUUCUUAAGAGGAGAAUAUUAAAAAGGACUAAAAAUAAAUUAAUGGGAUAUAAUUUAUAACUAUUAAAAAUUGUAUGUAUUUUACAUGAAAUAGUCCAAUUGGAUUCUACAAUGAUAAAGGGCUUAAAUAAGGACCCUGGAUUGACUUAAGUAGAAAAUUCUUAUAGUAUUUUAUAUGUUCGAUUAUCCAGUUAUAGGAGAAUUUAAGAAAAAGGAGAAUACGAAAAUGGAAGGAGAAUAGGGAAAUGGUAGAUCAUAAUAAAUGAUGAACUAGUGUAAGAAAUUUUAUAAGUCUUUUAGCGGUGCAAAAUUCUAUGACUAAAAUGGGUUAUAAUAAGGCAAGCAAACAGAGUUGCUCUAAGAUUUAACAAAGUAUACACAAAUAUGUUAUAGGUUUUAGAGAAUUUUUCAUCAUAUAAGAAGGUGAAUAUUUAGAUGGGAAAAGGGUAGGACAAUGGUUGAUAGUUUUAGAAGAAAAAACAAUGUAUGUUAUUAUUGAUCUAAUUAAUUUUAGAGUUGGAGGUGGCUUUUAUGAUACUGAUGGGCUAAAGACUGGGAAAUGGGUUGAAAUUCAACAAAAAAUGAAUGAAAUUCCAAGUUUGAAAUAAUUUUUAAGACUUUAUAGUUAAUUUUGAAGGGGAAUACAUAAGAGGAAAGAGAGUUGGGAAUUGGAAUUUGAAAUAAAAUUAAAACUCAAUGUAUUUAAUGAGAAAUUUAACUAUUAGUGGUGGGGGCACAUUCAAUGAAUAUGGUGAAAAAACAGGAAGAUUUAUUGAGUUGUACAAGUUUACUCAUUAAAAUUGUUAAAAUUAAUAAAUUAUUAUAGUCAUAUGGAAAGGUGAAUAUAAUAAUGGUAGGAAGUGUGGAAAUUGGUAAAUUUUGUUUAGGGGGAAUGCAAUGUAAUAAUUUUAUUGUUAAAUUUAGCGGAGGAGGAACUUAUGAUGAGAAUGGUUUAAAAGAUGGAAAAUGGAUUGAUAUGCAAGAAGAUUUUUCUGAGUAAAUUUAUAAAUAAUUCUAAAAUUAGAUUCAACUAAAUUAUAAAUGUUACAGAAUAUAAAAAUGGACAAAUAAUACGAUAAUUAGAAACUCAAUUAUGGGGAAAAAUGAUGUAAAGAGUAGAUAGUUAUAAAAGUGCUGGAGGUUUUUAUGAUCUUGAUAACCAUAAAACUGGAAAGUGGAUUGAAUUAGGAGAAAGAUAUAAUGGGUAAUUGCUUGAUGAUUAUAUAAAUGAAGAGUCUCACAUGUGAAAAAUAUUGGAAAUUACAUUAAUGGAAAAAAGAGUGGAAGAUGGGAGAUUCAAUAUGAUAAUAGUAUAAAGUAAAAGAGAUCUUAUAAUAAUUUUAGAGGAGGUGGGACAUAUGAUGAAAAGAACGAGAAAAAUGGUGAAUGGGAUGAGCUUCAUUCUAACUUUUAAAGGUCUUCGUUAUAAAUCAUCUUUUUUAUAGUAAUAAAGCAAUCUAAACUGGAAAUUAUCAAAACGGAACGAAAGUUGGAAAAUGGGAAUUAAAAUUAAAUGGCUAAAUAAUGUAUUAAGCCAAUCUAUAUUAGUGGGGGUGGACAAUUUGACGAAAAUGGUUUGAAACACUCAAAAUGGAUGGAUUUACAUCAGACAUCUUCAGAGUAAGAAUUUAAAUAUUUUAAGAUAUAACCAAAUCUUCAACGUAGAAUAGUACCAAUAUGGUCAACAAAUGGGCAUAUAUUAGAGAAUUCAUAAACGAAAUGUGAUGUAAUAAUCUAUGGAUAAUUAAUAGUGAAAAUGGGCAAUUAAACUAGAAUGGAUUGAAACAUGGAAAAUGGAUGGAAUAACAUGAAUUCUACAACGAAUAGUUACAAAAAUAUUAAAUAUUAGCUAGUAGAUAAUCUUUAAUGGAGAUUAUAAUAAUGGUAGUAAAACUGGAAAAUGGGAGGCUGUGUUUAAAAAAUAAAAUAUGUAGAUAUUUGAAUUAUCUAAAGUGGCGGAGGUGUUUAUGAUGAUAAUGGUCUGAAAGAUGGGUUUUGGAUUGAUUUAUGCUAAAAUUUCACAGAGUAAUAUCAAUUUACUAUAUAUAGUGUUCGAUAAGUUACUUUUGCAGGGAUGUACAAUCAUGGAAAAAGAAUUGGAAAAUGGGAUUUCAUUUUCAAAGAUAAUAUUAUGUAAUAAAUUCAGAUAAUCUAGUGGAGGUGGUUAAUAUUUAGAAUUUGAUACUAAAUAGGGUUACUGGAUAGAAUUGGAUAGCUUUUUUUAAGAGUAUAAAUUAAAAUUAAUAUUUAAUAAGUGAUAGAUAAUAUUUGGGAUUGGGGAAUUAUGAAGAUGGCAAAAAAAUUGGAAAAUGGAUUAAAAUGAAAGAUUAAGCAACAUUGUAUUGCAUUUUAUUAAGAGUAUUUAGAGCGUAAAGAGAAUAUGAUCUAAAUGGAUGUCAAGUUAAAUGA